CUCUUAUGGAUAUUUACAAACAUUGGUACAAUUAAUAAACCACCACAUUUUGUAGAAUUUGGCGUUUCAAAUGGUGACCAAUGUAACACACGUUUUCUUCGUGAACUAGGUUGGCAAGGUUUAAUGAUGGAUGGAGGUCAUGAUAUUCCAAAUAUUAAUCUUCACAAAGAAAGAAUCACGCCAGAAAAUAUCAAUGAUCUAUUAGCAAAAUAUAAAACACCACCUUUAAUUGAUCUUCUUUCAAUCGAUAUUGAUUUUGAUGAUUAUUUUGUAUGGAAAUCAAUUCUACAAGCAAAACGAUUUCAUGCACGUGUAGUUGUAAUUGAAUAUAAUUAUGCAAUUCCACCAAAUGAAAAUCGUGUUGUUGAUCCUAAUCAAGAUUCUCGCCGAUGGACGGGUUCAGACUAUUACGGCGCUAGUAUGUUAGCAAUGACAGCACUUGGUCGUGCAUAUAAUUAUACGUUAAUCUAUGCUGAAAAAAUGGGUGUUAAUUUAUGCUUUAUCCAAACUUCCAUACUUAUUGAACAAAACAUCCUACAUAAAGUACCAUCAAUAAAAGAAUUACAUAUAUCGAGACCUGCCAAGUAUUGGAAACAUCCUCCUGAAAUCGAUAAGACACGACGAUGGAUAUGGAAUGAUACUGUAUGGAUAUAA